AUGAAACUAUGCGGCCUCUGGAUGAAGCACGUGGCACUUGGGCUGCUGUGUCUCUUCCUCCUGUCCGCAUUCCAAUCAGCCUCUGCUCUGCCGGGCCGUAGCAAAGGGAUUGGUAGUCAUCGCUCUGGCAGCGAUAAAGGGAGCCAUGGAAUAGGAGGUCUCCUUUCUGGCCAUGAUGACAAGAAGAACAAUGGCAAACCCGACGAAAAAAAGCACGGACUGGGCGACCUCUUUGGCCAUGGCGAUAAAAAUGGCGGCAAAGAUGAUCCAAAGGACCAUGACAAUGGCAAAACCGAUGAUAAAAAGCACGGACAGGGCGACAAAAACGGCGACAAAAAAGAUCCACAGAACCAUGACAAUGGCAAACCCGAUGAUAAAAAGCACGGACAGGACGAUAAAAAUGGCGGCAAAGGUGAUCCAAAGAACCAUGACAAUGGCAAACCCGGAGAUAAGAACCCUGGAAAAGACUCUAAACACGGAAAGGAUAAAUGUGAAAAAUCCAAGGGUGGUUCAUCCCGCGGCCGGAAACCUUCUCCGCGAGAUAUCACAGCCCGAGAUCUUGCCCUGCGCGCUGGAACCAUCUCGGUUGCCCAGGAUGACAUGAGAAAUUCCCCUGCGCAUGGCCAAACACUACAUACCGACAAACUGCGAACGUGUAUCGGCAUUGCUAUCACCGGAGAGGAAGGCAUUUUCCAGCACUGGCUGUUGCACGUAUCUGCCACGAGGGGUCAGGUUAAUGAUGCAAUCUCGAAGCUGAAGAAGGAUUGGGGCCUCAUGGGUCCUAAGAAGGAUGUGAAAAUCUACCUCAGCGCCCCGGAUCCUGAUCCCUGCAAAUCGGACCCCGCCGCCAGAGACCUGAUCGAGCAGAGUCAAAAAAUGGCCCAGCUUAUUGAGGAUGAGCUGAAAAGUCUCACCGGCAGUACCCCUCGUGUGAUCCAUCGUCCUGCCCGCGACAAACCCUCGGGACAUGAAGGGACUAUGGAGGUUGACGGAGAUGGUAAAGUGUAUGUGGAAGGCAGCAAAGUGAAUUAA